AUGGGAUCUAUAAAUUGGGGAGAAUUGUUUCCAGGAAGAUGGAGUCCUGUUAUUUUUCUUUCUUAUAUGGCUCUUUUUAUUAAUCAAGGAAUUAUUGUAACAUGGUCUCAAAAAAAUGGUCAAUACGAAUAUAACAUUGUAACAGUGGUAUUGUUAACAGAGGUUUUAAAAUUAAUUGUAUCAGCUAUUUUAUAUUGGAAAGAUAAUAAAAUAUUAUCUCUUUUUCAAGAGAUUGGAACGCAUAAAAAGGUGCUUCUACUAUACUUAAUACCUUCAUUUUUAUAUUGCCUGUAUAAUAAUCUGGCAUUUAUCAAUUUGGCUGCAUUCGAUCCAACAACUUACUAUGUUCUAUUGCAAUUCCGUGUUGUUAUGACAGGAAUUAUAUUUCAGCUUAUAUUUAAAAAGAAAUUAUCUGUAAAGCAAUGGCUGUCUUUAUUAUUGCUGACUCUUGGUUGCAUGAUAAAACAUGUAAAUAUUAGUAUGGAUGCGAAUGUUAGUGCUAAAUUUGUACUAAAUAAAAAUAUAUAUCUCAUCUUUAUUCAGACAUUUUGUUCAUGCUUAGCUGGAGUUUAUAAUGAAUAUUUACUCAAGAAAGGAGCGAAUAUUAAUAUUUUUGUACAAAAUGUCUUCAUGUACGUUGAUAGUAUUUUAUGCAACGUUAUAGUAUUUUUAUUAUUAAUAACAUUUCGAACCAAUGUUACUGGUAUAUUCAAUAAUGUUGGAUCUAGCAUCUUGAUGCAACCCAAGGUAAUAAUAAUAAUGCUAAACAAUACAGCCAUUGGUAUUAUAACAAGUUUUUUCUUAAAAAACUUAAAUUCUAUAUUAAAGACAUUUGCUAGUGCAUUAGAAUUAGUAUUUACAGCAAUUUUAUGUUGGAUUAUAUUCGAUAUACCUAUUUUUAUAAAUACAGUAGUAUCUAUUGCCAUGGUUAGCUACUCUGUAAUUUUGUAUUCCCAAAAUCCGGUUAAUAAUGAAAAACCAACAGGAAUAGAAUCUAAACAAUUGAUGGUUUAAAGAAUCGUACAAUAGAUUGUUAAAAUAUAAUAGUAAUUAUGAAUAAAUUCUUACAGCAAUAUA